GUUUUUGCAAGAACGACCUACGCUUUGCCAAGAGUUGCUCAGUGCUGGUGAAGAGCUCACGGUGAAAGCCUGCGAGCCGGCACCAUUGCUAAUAUUCUCUACCCUGGAGGCGAUUUGCAUUGCCAUUUUCACAGUUGAGUAUUGUUUGCGACUAGCACUGUGCCACACUGAUCCACGCUAUGGGAGCAGCUUUCUUUCGCGAACGUUCCACUAUGCUAUUCAGCCUUUGAACGUCGUAGACGUCAUUGCUGUCCUUCCAUUCUACCUGAAGCUGGCGCUGGAAUUCAGUGAAAUCGGAGUCUUCGGCAUGCUGAGAUUGAUGCGAGUAUGCCGAUUGCUGAAGCUGGCGAAGCACCAUCAAGGCAUCAUGGUUUGUUGGGAGGCACUUGUAAACAGCGGCAUAACCCUGGCAUUGCUCUUCUUCUAUGAGGUUCUAUUUGGUAUAAUUUUUGCCACUAUUUUGCACACUCUGGAAGGCAGCAAAUACUCCGUAGCUGAAGAAUUCACUGAGCCGUACAUGGACUUGGUGACCGGCAAAAAUAUGCCGCCAAGAUACCCCACAGGUGUGUUUGUGCGACGGAAUUUGUGGGACACUGGAGAUGAGCCGACUCCUUUCUACUCGAUCCCAGCAGCUCUAUGGUGGGUGUUCACAACCACAACAACUGUUGGCUAUGGUGACUUUGCACCAACAACCACCAUGGGUCAAUGCCUGGGUGUUCUUGUUUUCUACUUUGGCAUCAUCCUUUUGGCCUUGCCCAUAGGCGUUGUGAGCCAAAACUUUGAGUGCGCAUAUGAGAGAGCCCACCAGGGCACACGCCGGAGACGAAUGACAUCCCUCAUUUCCGCAAAGACUCGGACAAUGAUGUCUAACGCGCGCCAUGGACAUGUGCUGACCAACCGCCCAGUUGCACCUCACCUGGCUCCGGAGCAGAAGGGAGGAAUAAGCAGAUGGAUAUUCACAGUGAUGAAUGAUCCAAACUCCAGCAUCAUUGCCAUGGGUUUAUCCUACAUCAGCUUCGGUUUGAUCAUCGUGACAACCUUCUCCCUGAUUUUGGAGUCUAUGCCGGUGUUCAACUACACUCCAGCUGGGUGUGGAGCGGUUGAGCUGAGUGUUGAGCUUUGUAAGCCAGAGCCAGACCCUGCCUUUGAAGCAAUAGAAGUCACAGGAAGUGUUUUCUUCACCGUUGAAUAUGCGCUGCGAAUCAUUUUUGCACAUUCUGCGUCAGAAGAAGAGCUGGGAUUGACUGUAGCUCCUUGCGUGGCGGACGCCAAGCCAUUGCCGGGCUGGAAGAAGACUUUGAGGUACGCUUUGCAGCCAUUGAAUGUCAUUGACAUUAUGGCGAUAGUGCCGUUCUACCUCGAGUUCAUUGGCCUUGGAGGUAGUGGCGCAGCUGUGCUGCGGGUGUUACGGCUGGUUCGCAUCUUCCGCGUGCUGAAAUCACCAAAGAUGCGUGCAUGUGUCGACAUGAUUCUUUGCAUUGUGCCCUGCUUCAAUCACUGGAGUUGUCACAGCCCGUUUUUCGUUUUUCAGCCAUGUCAUCGGUCAAGAUGA